AUGAGUAUAGCAGCUUUACUGGACAGGCUUGCAUAUAGCUUAGCAGGACCGUAUAGAAAGAGUUUUUACUCUACACUGGAGAACUGUCUCAGUAAAAAGGAUGUGAUAAAUAAUGAAGUAUUUUUAGUCCGUGUAUACGUAAUGAAAAUGUACUGUCUCUCUGUUGAUGGAUACAUUCAAAUGGCACUGUAUUUAUACGAGUCUAUUAAAAACCAAAUCCAUAUAAUUACAAAAUAUGAACUAGAAAUGAUAAUGGCAAGAGAAUCUCUUUUGAUUACGAAUAGAAUAAGUGAAUUGAUAGAGAAAUCAGAUCUGUUUAAGUUUGAUGCUUUUUACAUAUUUAAUCUGUUAUUAAUGGAAAACAAUCUUAAAGAGUGUAAAAAGUAUUGUUUGAGUUUGAUUAAAACUCAUCCAAAUGCAUCAAUGGCUUUACUAUUACAAGAGAACACUUUUACGGAGAACACCACGUUGGUAAUACUGAAAAUGCUCUUGAAAAGAAUUCAAGUAAGUAAUUCACUCAUAUGCUUAUUACUUAACAGAAAUAUUCCCUAUGAUAUUCUUAAAGAAUACGCAGUGACAAAUAUUAUUGGAAAACCAUUGGAUAUUCCUUCAAUGCUAUUGCUUAAAAAACUUGUACUUAUAGGGGUCUCCAUUGAAGAGUAUGGAUAUACAAUUGACACUCUUCUGGAUAAUUUAGAUGACUGGGAUAUUUAUGAAUACUGCCUGAAUAAAAAGAUACAGGUAUCAGAAAAAUCUAAGAAGAGCAUCAAUUAUCUUACAUAUAAAAUAUCACUAAAAAUAGAACCAGAGAGCGUGGUAGAGUAUGUUAAGAGAAGUAGUAAUUUAGACUUCAUACUUAACAGAAUAUCAAAAGAAUGUGAAAAUACUAAAGAACACUGCUUAUCAUCAUUAAAAUCUGUAGAUCCAAUAAGAUAUACGUAUUUAAAUAACCCAGAGUUUGACUUUUACAGGGAAUACAGUGCCGAAAAAAUCAGUAUCUUUAAAAAAUACUCAAAUAACCUGACAGAUUUCAUAUUUUUAAUUGGGGUUUUGAUAAAAACAAAGAAUCCCACAGGAAUAAUCGAUGCACUUCUUCUUUUACUACUAAAAAGAAAAGAACUGCCAAAUAAUAGGUACGUACAGUUGUUAAUUUGCAGUAUUUACAGAUACUUAUCACUGUACGACUGUGUGGUUGAAGAAUAUAAAGGGUUAAAUGCGCAUACUGUGCAGCUAGAGUGCCUCAGUUAUUUAUGGAGUGACUUAAAAGUCAUUUACUCUAAUUGGCUAGGUAUAGAAUUAUCAGAUGAAUUAGACAAAAAAUACCUAAACCAAAGAUUAUUAUCUAUUGGCAGUGUAAACACGAAUAUUAUACAACUAACAGAAAAUCAGGAAUAUAACCAAUUAGUCUCUUUACUUGAGUAUAGAAAUAAAAUUAUUAAUUCUCCUGCAUAUAUGCAAAUAAAAGAAAAUAAAUUUUAUCCACUCAGUGCCCCACCCAGCAUAGAAAGCAUAAUUAUUAAAGAAAGUAGAUAUGUUCUUGAAAAAAUAAUUACGUAUCCUAAGACAGACCCUAAUUCUGUCUUUAUCACCGCACAAGAUAUACCACAAAAAUUCCAAAAGAGUGAAAUAGUAAGGAUUAUUAAAGAGUCAGUCAGUAUAAUUAAUUCAUAUACAGAAAUACCAGAAGAUAUUAUUUCUAAAGUAAUGAGUAUACCAGAUAAACAAGAAUAUUUAUGGGAUGCACAUAUUAAAAAGCAUCAAACACACAAACAAUAA